AUGCUGGGCAGCCACGUGGCGGAGGCUCUGCUGGAGCGGGGCUACGAGGUGCACGGGGUGGUGCGGCCCCGCAGCAAUCUCCGCAAUGUGGCCAGCUUCCAGGCUCAGCUGCACACCGCGGAGCUCACGGAUCCCUGGCGCGUGCUAAGGUUGCUGGACAGGCUCCGACCAGACGUGGUGUUUCACUUCGCAGCGCAGGCCUUCAAUAGUUUGUCCUUCGAGCAGCCGGCGGAGACCUUGACCACCAACCUGAUGAGCACCUUGCACCUGCUGGAGGCGGUGCGCCAGCUUGGCCUGAGCACACGCUUGGUGGUGGCGGGCUCGUCCACGGUCUACGGGGCCUCAACGGAGGAGUGGGAUGGCCCGGUUCCGGAGGAGGCCCCCAUGCAGCCGGUGAGCCCCUACGGGGUCAGCAAGGCGGCCACCGAGAUGUUGGCAUUGUCUUAUGCUCGUGCGCACAAUCUGCACGUGGUGGUGGUCCGGUUCUUCAUCCACCUGGCGCCGCGUGGGGUGGAGUCCCUGGCGCUCCACGACUUCGCGCGCCAGGUGGCCAUGGUGGAACGAGGCCUUCUGCCGCCGGUGCUCAGGCACGGAGACCUCUCCACGCGUCGCGACAUCACGGACAUCGUGGAUUCAGCGCCAGUGGUGGUCUGCCUCGGGGAGGUGGCGGCAAAGGGCACCGUGGUGAACCUGGGCUCCAACGUCUCGUACAGCAUGCAGCAUUUGCUGAACGAGUUGGUCCGGCUGAGCCCUUCCUGGGGCAACCAGAGCGACUCUCCGGGCCUGCGCCUGGAGUUAGACAAGAGCCGGCUCCGCGCCUACGACGAGAAGGUGGUCAUGGCCGAUAUCCGGAAAGUCCAAAAGUUGACUGGUUGGGUCCCGCAGCCGGACAUGCCGUUGCUGCUGCAGAUGUUGCUGGACUACUGGCGCCAUGAGAUCGAAUUCCGCUUCCCCGAGAAGGCAAACGACGAGACCACGGCAGAGCUUUGUGUCGACCUGGAUCCGGACAGCCCGCAGGUUCAGGAGGUUGCAGUGCAAUGCAUCUCCUGCAUCCUUUGCCUCAACGACAACGCUACCCUGCGCUGGGAACGCCUUCUCUGCGACAAAGGCUUUGACAUGUGGGUGGAGUUCGGCCUCAGUCACACGGCCUCAGUCACGCGCCUCAAGCUGCAGGCAGUGGUGGAGCGAUCCCCUAGAGCCUGCUUCGAGCUCCUGAGAGAUGCACGCAAGAGGCCCGAGUUCGACGCGGGCUGCCUGGAGGUGAGCGACGUGGAGCCCUGCGGCGAGAGCGCCGAGCUGGUUCGCAUGGUUUACGCUGCGCCGGGCGGCGACGGCUCCAAGAAGCAGGAGAUCCUGGUCUUGCGCUCCCACGAGGCGGACGAGGAGCACCAGACCUUCGUGGUGUGCACGCGCUCCGUGCGCUGCUCCAAUCGCCCACCCAGGGAGGGCAUGCAGAGGGGCGAGGUGCUGCCGUCAGGUUACAUCAUCACGGCGGUGGCGGACACGGAUGGAAAACACAGCAACAUCACUUUCCUGGGCCAGUUCAGCCACUUCAGCAUGCAACCAGGCCAGACCUCGGAGAUGUUGGAAGAGCCGGACCUUGUGGAGGGCGGCUUGCUGCGGCAAGACAACGCCCAGAGCUCGGCCGGCCCCGCUGUCCUCACGGGGAAGAGCCUUCCCAACUGGACAACUCGGAUGAUGCUGACGGAUGAGUACACCUCCUUCGUGGUCAGGUACGACGAGAAGGUGUCUGAAGUGAAGGCGAAGGCCGGAAUCGCACUUGGCUUGGUGAUCUUGAAUUUGAUCAAGGACACCGGGGACAAUGUGCUCGAGUACUUGACGGUGAGGGAAGCUGGAAUCAAAGACCAGGACAUUCUGGCGGCCCAAGCAGCGGAGGAGGUCCGCAUCUUCACCAACAGCGGAGCCUUCGCUCAUUUAGACGAUGGCCGGGUUCUCACCUGGGGCGACGCUUUGGGCGGUGGCGACAGCCGGUGUGUACAGGUGGCCCUGGAAGGUGUUGUCAACAUCUUCUCGACGGACACCGCCUUUGCGGCCCUGAAGAGCAAUGGCCGAGUGGUCACCUGGGGCUCCCCGGAGGCAGGCGGCGAUUGCUCACACGUGGAGAGUCAGCUGCAGGAUGUGACCCAACUCGUGGGGAAUCAUCACGCCUUCGCGGCUCUCAAGAGCAACGGAGGCGUGGUGGUCUGGGGCGACGGCUCCUCGGGCGGUGACCCUGGAGCGGCCAGGGAGCAUCUGCAAACCGGCGUGCAGCGCCUCUGCUGCAGCGGCGGUGCCUUUGCGGCGCUCAAAACAGACGGCCGCGUGGUGUGCUGGGGCUGCCCUGCACGCGGAGGAGAGACGCGCUAUGUCUACGACCAGCUGCAGCGUGAUGUCAGCCGCAUCACGGCCAACGAGCAUGCCUUUGCAGCUGUACGCCGCGAUGGCACUCUAGUGUGCUGGGGCGACCCGGCCAAGGGGGGCGACUGCUCGGCGGUGCUGCCGAGACUCAAGCAAGGCAUGCUGCGGGCGGGGCGGGGCUUUACGCCGUGUUUGGUGAACCGUAGGAUAUGCCCCAACAGCGUGGCCUUUGCUGCACUUUUGGAGGAUGACUCGGUGAUCGCCUGGGGUGCGCCCUCAGGUGGUGGCUCUACGAGAGAGGUGAAGGCGCAGCUCCGGUCCAAGGUGAUCCGGCUGUACGCCACCCGGGAGGCCUUUUCGGCCCUCAAGGAGAGCGGCAACGUCAUCUCCUGGGGCAAAGAGUCGGACGGAGGCGACAUCCUGGCUCGGCCGGAGGAUCGAGGGGAGGUGGACCGGAUCUAUUGCACCUCCCAUGCCUUCGCAGCGCUGGGAAGGCGGGAAGGCCGAGUCUGCUGCUGGGGCGACCAGGAGUACGGCGGAGAUUGUUCCGCGGUUGCCUCAGAGCUGGUGGGGGUGUACCACAUUUGCGGCACCUCUUACGCCUUCGCGGCGCUGCGCCAUGAUGGGCGCGUGGUGACCUGGGGCCACCCAGACUAUGGCGGCGAGCCGGGAUCUUGUCAGCCGCAGCUGGAGCAGGAGGUGCUGCGCCUCUUUGCGACACGCCAUGCCUUCGCGGCGGUGAAACGGGAUGGCAGCAUCAUCACCUGGGGCGGCCGCGAGAAGCUGCGUGAAGCGGCGGCGCCGCCCUCCCGCAGCGCCUCGCGCUCGCGACCCGACCGCGAGCGAGGCGAGGCCUGGCGCAUGAGGACCUGA